CGUUUGCCGCAAGUUCACGCGGUAGCCAAUAAACUUCUAGCUCUUAUCGAAAAACGGCAUGUUGAUUAAAACCUAUCCUCAAGGUGGGCAGCCAAUGAAGUGAAUUGACAAAUGUACGCAUCGCGAAUUGCAUGUAUUUAUCUGUCUCGAUCGUGGUAAUUCGAAUUUUAAUCAAGAAUUGAAGUAACCGAUGAAGAUUAUCGCGUGGCAGUUACAGUGUCGCUCAAGAGAAGUUGCUUCCUCUUCCUGACAUCCGUAUCGGGUAAACAAGCUCACCUGAGAUCCACGCGCGUUUGCUCAGCGUCUUUUGCACGUUGAAGAACGCGACCACAGUGCUAAUAUAAAAAUCCUCGCUACAACACAUGUAGCACUCGUCGUGGCAGUGAUUCACUUUACUCUGAACUUUUCGUCGUAAGGACGUUUGCAUUGUUCAAUGAUGCUCUCGUCAAGCGGUAUUAACAACGAAGAAAUAUUAAUGAGUCUUGAUUCUUGGGGCGACGAAGUAUUUUCGAAUCUUACACCUCGAGAACUUGAGUUUCAUUCGCUUAGUGCGGAAGACAUAUCAAACAUCAAACAAGAUAUACCUGAUAUUUCAAUACAAGAAGGAAGAGAACAAAUAUCAGGCAAAGUGAGAGAAGACAUUAAUCCAUUCGACUCAUUAUUAUUGGCUUUUAAUGAAUUACAAUCCUAUCCUAUAAACAAUUAUUCAGAAUUAAAUGAAAUAAAUGAAAUAAAAAAUGAAAAUAUUAAAGUGGAGCCUCAGAGUCCAUAUUCACAAUUCUUGACAUCACCGGAUAGUCUUAAUGAUUCUUCAGAUUCCACUGCUUCAGAUUGGAGAUCCGAAAUGUUAAAAAAUUGUCUAAUGCAAAAUGUGGAUAAGAUUAUUCUACAAACUCCACCAACCUCACCUCAAUCUCCAUUAAUACAAUCACCUCAAUCAUUUCUUAAUGUGUCGAACCUCAUAAAACCAGCAAACAUUUUACCUGCUAAUGAACGAAAUAUAAAUCAUAAAAAGGAUAUUCAUCAGAAAACAGAUUCUAUUAAACGUGUUCACAUUCCACUAGCCAAUACAAAAGAUAAACUCCAAAAUGCUAUUAUUCUUCAUACACCAAAUGGUACUGCAUUCGUACAAAAUACGGAUUUGCAGCAAGAAAUGCAUACUUCAGAAAUACAGACCUUGUCAACAAUUGGACAAAUUAGUACAUUAAAUUCUUUAAAUAUAGACACAACCAGUACAAAAACGAAUAGAGCACUUCAAUUAUCGCAAGAUGUAAAAGUAGUAAACACUAUACCAAACCUUUUCCAAGAAAUCAAUUCGUUGGUGAAUGCCCCUGUCUACAUAAAGAGUGAACCUAUAACAUUUGACGAUAUUGUUAUAAAAAAUGAGUCGAUAAAUUGCGCGCCGUUUAUAGUACAGAAAAAUGAAACAGAUUGUGCUCCGUUAAUUGUAAAGAAGGAAACAGAUCUAGGUUUGUCGGGAAAUAAAAUAGAAAAUGAAUCCAUGCAAGCAUUGAAGAGACAACAAAGGAUGAUAAAAAACAGGGAAUCUGCCUGUCUUUCGCGGAAAAAGAAGAAGGAAUACGUGCAUUCUCUGGAGAAGCAAUUGUCUGAGUUGAAGGAAGAAAAUGAGAAUCUAAAAUUGGAAAAUAUUCGUCUGAAACAGAAGCUGAUAAAUAUAGAAAACGGCGCUAUGUUUAAUAAAAGAAAAGUUGGAAUUUUAAAUCGUAAUCGGAAGGGCAUUGCUCUUUUCGCCAUACUUUGCAUGAUAUCUGUCAACUUCAAUGUUUUAGGGAUUCUUUCAUGGAAUGUAAAUUUUAAAACUUUGUUUAAUAAAGCACCAAUAUCUGUGUCAGACAUUGACGAGAUAAAACAUAGUAGAACAUUGCUCUGGACAGUAAAUGAAAACAAUAAUGACAUGAGAGAUGAAAUCGAAGAAAGUUUUAAUAAAAACAUGCCUGUGGAUCAACCGGUAUGUCCGAAUAUUAAUCAAAGCGAGUCGAUACGUUUAGAUAGCGAGUUGAGACGUUGGAUUGAUGGUGAAUCCGAUCGAGAUAAUUGGACUACAUCGACAAAACCAAAGUUCCUAUUGUCGACCAGCUUGCCGUUAGAAGGAAAAACAAAGAGAAAGCUAUAUUUAUCACAGGAUAAAAAAAUAAAAACUAUGCACAAAAUGAUCGAUGUUCCUACUGCAACGAGUAAUGCAGUUCAAGUGUUUUCACCGAUAUUGAGUGAACAUGCUUCUCUAUUUGAAGCUUUGGGAAGAAAAGAUGAUACCUUUUAUGUUGUCUGGUUUACUGGUAAACAUUUACUAUUGCCAGCUUCCCGGACGAAUGAUACAGCUAGACCUAAGAUGUCUUUAGUUUUGCCUGCUGUAUCUAUAAAAGGUACGUUUACGACACCACCUGAUCAUGUAACUAUGAUGCAAAUUGACUGUGAAGUAACAAACACACAACUGUUACAUUUACAACAGUCCAUCAUACCUGUCCAUUUGCGAGAUAACAAGUCUGCAAGUCAAUCGAAUCGAUCUCACUCUGUGGAAGAUAUAGUCAAUUCGUCCACGGCUAAUAUAAGAAAUAUUAGAAAUCACAAACCAUAUUUUAUAAAGGAAGCCAAUCGAAAAGCUUUGUAUGGGAAAAACUUCGAAGAUAAGUACGAAGAUAAAAAUGUUAGGGAUUUUGGUAAUAAAAAUGCUAUUUACGUAUAUAAGGAAAAUUUUUAGGAAAUAGAGAAAGUCAUGAUAUUCUGUAACUUUAUAGAGAACUAGCUACGCAGGAUUUAGAACGGCCAAAAAGUAUUAAUGAUAUUAAUGUAAACUAUUCGAGUAUACAUUACAUUGAAAAUGACCGAUUAGUGCAUUUACAAGUUAUAUAUAUAUAAAUAUAAAUUAUAUAUAUAUAUAUA